UCGGCCCGAGCUGCCAGCGGGGUGGCUGCCGCCGCGGCUCAUUACAGCUGCUGGAGCAGCAGCGGCCCCUGCCCCCGGGCACCCUUCCCGGGCCUCGACCUCGGCCCCACACGGACAGUGGCAGGAGAGGGGCAGCAGGAUGAACGUGGGAACAGCACACAGCGAGGUGAACCCCAACACGCGGGUGAUGAACAGCCGCGGCAUCUGGCUCUCGUAUGUGCUGGCCAUUGGGCUUCUCCACGUCGUGCUGCUCAGCAUUCCCUUCGUGAGCGUCCCCGUCGUCUGGACCCUCACCAACCUCAUCCACAACAUGGGCAUGUACAUCUUCCUGCACACAGUGAAGGGGACACCCUUUGAGACCCCGGACCAGGGCAAGGCGAGGCUGCUCACCCACUGGGAGCAGAUGGACUAUGGGGUCCAGUUCACCGCAUCUCGGAAAUUCCUGACCAUCACACCCAUCGUGCUGUACUUCCUCACCAGCUUCUAUACCAAGUAUGACCAGAUCCAUUUCAUCCUCAACACUGUGUCUUUGAUGAGUGUGCUCAUCCCCAAGCUGCCCCAGCUCCACGGAGUCCGGAUUUUUGGAAUCAAUAAGUACUGAGGGUGCAGCCCUUUCCCCUGCCCGGGAUGGCGGGGGAGGGGUCGAAGCCUGGGCUGUGAUGCUGAAGACAGAAGGAGCCUCUGGUAACCGCCAGAGACGGGGGUUGAGCCUCUGGGCCCUAGUUUUCCCCUCACUUCCCCCAGUAGCAGACUUGAAGUAGUUUGUAGUGGGUUGGGGUGGGCCCCCCUGGGGCUCUGACCCCUUCUGAUUUUUUUUUAAAAUUUUUUCCUUUUGCCUUUUGGAUAGAGACUCUGGGGGGGGGGGGUGUUCAUGAAAUGGGCUGGGCUUCUGGGCUGAACACAGACCUGUGAGGUUGGGGCAAGAGAAGCCCCCUGCUCACUUGCUCAUCCUCAGACUGCUAAAGCACUUUAACUCCUGUGAGCGGGGCAGAGGGGACGGUACAGCUUCUAGUCUGUUUCACUUUAAUUCUUAAGUCUUUAGAAUGACACUUAGUGUGUAUGCUUAUGUCUAUGAAAGCACCGUGUGGCAGCACCUCAUCGCUCUGGGUAGAGAAUUGUCUAAUCCAAGUCAGAUGGCUCCCGCACGACCCACCUAGGGUACUGGGUAGGAAUGGGGAGGGUAAGGAGCAGGAUGGUGGGCUGGAUGUGGGUGGCCUGGUCCCAGGGGUGAGGGGCCAGGGCUGCAGCCAU